AUGGAGGUGACUAGAUCAGCACUUCGCAGGCUUCCUCGCCGUUACCAUAGUUUCUCGGUUGCUACUCGCUAUGGAGAUGGUCCCGACGCCGCCGCUGUCGUAUGCUCGCCCAUGGCAGUAUGGAGUCGAAGACAAUUCACAACCACCUCCGGGAGACCCUUCCCCGGUCCUUCUGGUCUCAGCUUGGGUGGUUCAUCGUCACCGCCGUCCUACUUUCAACGACAAACAAGUCUCCCCGCAAAUACCAUCAUCCGAUUCGUACCUCAGCAGACGGCCUGGAUCGUCGAGCGCAUGGGAAAGUUCAAUCGAAUACUACAACCAGGCUUAGCAAUCCUGGUGCCGAUAAUAGAUCGCAUCGCUUACGUCCAAUCUCUCAAAGAGUCUGCGAUCGAGAUCCCCAGCCAAAGUGCAAUUACUGCAGACAACGUAACUCUGGAACUGGAUGGUGUGUUAUAUACAAGAGUAUUUGACGCAUAUAAAGCGAGCUAUGGCGUGGAAGACGCCGAAUACGCAAUUUCACAACUAGCACAGACAACGAUGCGGUCUGAAAUUGGUCAACUCACGCUCGAUCAUGUCCUUAAGGAACGAGCAAAUCUGAAUCAGAACAUAACACAAGCAAUCAACGAAGCCGCACAGGAAUGGGGCGUAGUGUGCUUGAGAUACGAAAUCAGGGACAUUCAUGCACCAGAGGGAGUUGUUGCAGCUAUGCACAGACAAGUGACGGCCGAAAGAUCAAAGAGAGCCGAAAUUCUAGAGUCAGAGGGUCAACGGCAGAGCGCUAUCAAUAUCGCAGAAGGUCGUAAACAAUCUGUCAUUCUUGCAUCUGAGGCUUUGAAGGCCGAGCAGAUCAACAUGGCAUCGGGUGAGGCCGAGGCCAUUCUCCUCAAAGCGCAGGCAACUGCUCGCGGGAUUGAUGCUGUCGCCAAUGCCAUUAGACAAGGUGAAGACAGCGCCCAGAACGCCGUCAGCCUGAGCGUGGCAGAGAAGUACGUCGACGCUUUUGGAAAGUUGGCGAAGGAGGGAACUGCCGUGGUUGUUCCUGGCAAUGUCGGUGAUAUGGCCGGGAUGAUUGCCAGUGCCAUGGCAGUCUAUGGCAAGGUGAAUCAGAGUCAGUCCAGAAACAAUGCCGCCGGAUCAACCAAUCCCAGUUCCAACGAAGACUCCAAGGAUGUUGGUCAGAGGGUGAUUGAGGCUGCUCAGAACUCGGACGCCAGGGAAGUUGCACAAACCGUGCUCGAAGGAUUUGAACAGACAAGGCAGAGGAAGUGA